AUUCAAAAUAAAUAAAAAAGAGAAACAGAAACAGAAACAUAAAUAAUGCAGCUCUAGGUACUUCGGUAAUCACACAAAUGGUACUCGAGCAAUGGCUAAACUGGUUGUCCCAAAGAUCUAAAUAAAAGGGUCGAACGGCCAGUCGAAUAUAAUUGCACGUCUCUGGGGCGAAAGUACGACCACCUGAACUGAACUUGAACUGCAAAUUGGGGCGUAACUAAAUGCCGAUUUACCCAUUCUUUUUCGAAAGUUUAACCUAUGGGGUCGAUUUAGUCCAGCUAUAAAAAGGCCGGGUUAAAGGUGUUUUGGUACAGUUCACAUUGGUCUGGUGAUCAGACAACAGUAGUCUAGCCAAGAUUAACUCAUAAACUAGCUGCGGUACCAUGGCUCAAAAGUUCUUUAUCGCCUUUGCCCUCUUGGCCAUUGCGGCUAUCCGGGCAGCUCCUUUCCACGGCCACGAACACCAUGGCCAUCACGGUGGCGCCACCAGUCAUGCCUCCGUGCACCUAACAUCGCACGACGAUCAUCACGAGGAGCAUCACGGACACGAUGACCACCACGACUCCCAUGCUGAAUAUGACUUCCACUACGGCGUCAAGGAUCACAAGACUGGGGAUGUAAAGGCGCAGAGCGAGUCACGACAUGGCCACACGGUUACCGGGCACUAUGAGUUGAUCGACGCCGACGGCCACAAGCGGACUGUCCACUACACGGCGGACAAGCACAAGGGAUUCGAGGCCCAUGUCCAUCGCGAGAAGCUCCACGAUCACCACGCUGCUCACCAGGCGGAGCACCAUGGCCACGGACACAGCGGCUACGAGGGCGGACACGUUGAGUUCGAGGAGCACUCCUCGCACUCCGGACACGACUACAUCCACGGACACGAGGAGCACGGUCACGGACAUGGUCAUGCCCAUGGACAUGGACACGGAAGCAGCUCCCACAGCUACUCGCUGAAGCAGGAACACGGACAUGGACACGGACACAGCCACGGCCAGGAUCAUGGCUUCGAGCACGGACACGGCUAUCACUGAGUUGAC